GCGAGCGAUUGAGGCACGACAGCCCAGUGUUUUCCUUUCGGGCGUGCACCCAUCACAAUUUCUUCUUGCCACUCUCUCGUUCUAGACUAUUUCGCGCCCUCUCUUGUUUUCCCCUUUGCCAUCGCUCUCCCGUCACGGACUUCUUCCCCCUGCUGCUGCCUUCUGCGAACCGUCUCCGCAAUCUACCGACGUGCGCUGAACCACCGAACAAAGGUUAUGCCUACGACCACAACCACGACCUAGGCCGAAUACCUCUUGCGCAUAGGCGUCAUCGAAAGGGCCUCUCGCGACGACAGGAUAUCGAGACCUCCGUCUUCAUCGAUGCGACAUACAUAAGCACUGAGCUCGCGGGGGCCUUUCGGCCUUAGUUUUCGUUCGACCCUGCUCCCGACCGUGGAAAUGGCGACCGACGGCCUGUUGCACGAUCCCAUGGAGGAGACGCACCCGCUCUUGGGCCUAGAUGAUGGCCUUCCACCCAUCGAGGACUUGCCGAUCCUUGAGUAUUUCGUCAUCAAGCAGGAGGUGAAUCUUGAAGUCAACUUUCGCGACAAGCGCAUCGAUGGCACGACUGACGUAAUCCUCGCCACCUUCAACGAUAAAAUCGAAGAGGUCGCGCUCGACGCCGCGAACUGCGAAAUCGACACCGACAAUGUCUACGUCACCGAGCUGCGCGAGGUCAACGGGGAGAUCGUCGAGGGCCUGAAGCGCAAGACCACCGCCGUGUAUACCGACCCAUACGACAAACUCUCACACCCCAAAGGCUGGAACUGGAGAGCUGAGCACCAUGAUCUCCGCCGAAUCAGAGCGCGCUCUUUGUUUCAUAGCCGAAAGGCCGACGUCCCCGCCGAGAAUAGAGAAUUCGAGGGCUGCACGCCGGUCUAUGGGUCACUCAAGGUGAAUCUGCGUGGGAAGGCAGACCAAGAUCGUCCGAGGCUCAUCAUUAGGAAAUCGACGGGCCUUGAUACGAUGGAUAGGACCAACAAGCAGUUCAAGCUCACCAUUCCGUUCACCAAUACGAACCCUCGAGAUGGCAUUCAGUUCGUUGGAGUAGACCCCCUCGACAACCGGUUCACCCACAUGUACACUCGAAGCUCCAUCAACCCGGGGACUGCUUCUUGCAUCUUCCCAUGUGUCGAUGAUCAUGGAUCACGUUGCGAUUGGCGGAUAUCCAUCAAAUACCCUCGAACACUCGGAGAUGCCCUCCAGCAGGCCUUGGCCACACAGCGGAAUGGCUCGGGUGGGGAUAGGAUGCAGAUUGAUGGACAAGAGCGAUCACAUAACCUUGCAGAAGAGGACAAACUCAGAGAAAUGUCCGUUGUCUGUUCAGGUUUCCUUAUGGAGGAGACUGUGGACCCAGAUGAUGACCACAAGAAGAUCAUGACUUUUGAGCCGGAGAAGAAGGUUUCGGUACAGAAGCUUGGCUUCGCGGUCGGCCCCUUUGAACAUAUCGACCUCUCAUCUGAGUCCCGAACGGAAGAGGAUGAGGUGAAGCUGGGUAUGAACGCGCUCAAGGUCCACGCUUACUGUCUACCGCACCGAGCCGAUUGGGUCCGCAACACAUCUGCUGCUCUGACCAUGGCAGCCGACUUCUUCACAUACACCUUUGCUAGGUAUCCCUUUGGAAACUUCAAGUUGUGUUUUCUGGAUGACCUGGUAGAAGAUACCGUGUCUCUCUACUCGAUGGCAUUUGUUAGCAAUCGGCUGCUCUUCCCAGAAGACAUCAUGGACACCGAGAUCGAUGUGACGAGAAAGAUCGUCUACACUCUGGCUAGCCAAUGGAUCGGGAUCAACAUGAUUCCAAACACCCGGAACGAUCUGUGGCUCAUCAUCGGCAUUGCCCACUACAUGACAGAUCUCUUCAUGAAGCGCCUGUGUGGUAACAACGAAUACAGGUUUCGGAUGAAAAUGUUGUCAGAUCAACUUGUCGAGGUUGACAACGAGCGGCCAUGCUUGUAUGACCUCGGACCCCAUCUCCACCUGGGAGAGUUCGAGAUGGAUUUCAUGACCCUAAAGGCUCCCGUCGUUUUCUUCAUUCUGGACAAGAGACUUAUCAAGGCCUCUGGCGGCCAUGGUUUGACUCGAAUAUUGCAGAAACUCCUGACCAAGGUCCAGAUCGAGAGCUCAGACAAGUCAACAAUUCUCGAAACGGAGAAGUUCAGGACGACCUGCGAGAAAGGGGCUAGGUACCGACUUGAGACCUUCUGGAGCCAAUGGGUUUACGGGUCUGGAUGUCCUCGGUUCGAUGUCAAAGCCAAGUUCAACAAGAAGAGGCUAUGUGUUGAGUUGACUCUGAAUCAGAUCCAAUCUCAGAUCACCAAGAAACCCCAGCUGGAGAGGUCUGACUUCCUCCGAGUUAUCAAGGAGCGCCGUGCUGGAGUUAAGCUUGGUGAGGUGCAGCCGCUUUUCACUGGACCUAUGACUGUUCGAAUCCACGAAGCCGAUGGAACCCCAUACGAGCAUAUUCUUGAAAUUCGCGAGGAUGCGACACGAUCCACCAAAUUCGAGAUCCCCUACAAUACCAAGUACAAGCGACUAAAACGUACUCGGCGUAUGAAGGAGAAGCAAAAUGUUGGAGCCAGCAUGGACACGGAAAACCUCGACGAUACCCUCCUCUAUUGCUUGGGUGAUGUUCUUCAAACCCCAGAGGAGCAACGGGACUGGGAGUUGAUUGACUGGGAUCCUGAUACCGAGAGGAAGAUGGACCAGGAGUCCUACGAAUGGAUUCGCGUGGAUGCUGACUUCGAGUGGGGUUGCGAUAUGAAGCGGACCCUCGAGCCAUACAUGUACGUGUCUCAACUUCAACAGGAUAGGGAUGUGGUGGCUCAGCAAGAUGCCAUGCUGUACCUUACUCACGGACCCCUUCAUCCAAUUGCCUCUGGUUUCCUCGUCCGGACGCUUAUCGACCGACGCUACUUCCAUGGUAUCCGGACGAUGGCUGCGGAGGCUCUUCCAAGGCAAGCCAACAUCAAGGACAUUUCAAUGCUUGGCCUUCGACAGCUGAUGAAGGCUUUUACCGACAUGUUUUGCCACAAUGAAUCCAGUCAACCGAAGCCAAACGACUUCUCAGACAAGAAGCAGUACAACGUCCGUCGAGCCAUCAUCAAGGCUAUUGCACAAGUCAGAGACGCCAACACUUACAAGUGCCCGCUGGAGGCUCGGCAAUUUAUCCUCGACCAGCUACUUUUUAACAACAAUGAGGAUAACCCCUACUCGGACCACUUCUACAUUUCCCUUCUCGUUGAGACAUUGGCCAUCUCUCUCGUGCCCUCGAAGCAGGACGAGUGGUAUGCUCGUCAGAACAAGGUGCCGAUUGAAGAGGAGAGGCAAUUUCUCGAGAGGGCUCUGGAGCAGAUUGAACGUGUUCUUAGACGGGAUGAAUGGACAAACUCUUACCAGAACAUCUGGACAAUUGCUGGGUUGGAAGCAAAGCGGCGGCUGAUGAAGGCAGAGGUCAUUCCUAAGAGCUAUCUUGACUUUGGGCAAUAUCUGCUUGAUGGAACCCGAGAUCUUAUUCGGAUCAAAGCCUUCGAGUCAUUGGUCGACCUUGGGGCGAUGAUGGAUCCUACGGUAUUCACCUUUUUGGUGUAUUCUCUCACCACAGAUCGAUCACCCUUUGUCCGCACCAAGCUCAUCGAGGCAGCGGCUUCUGGUCUCGCGGCGAUCGCGUUCGGAGAGCAUUCGAAGGCUGUUAAGAACGAGCCUGCUCCAGAUGAAGGAGACGCGCUUUUGCUUGUCCAAGACAGUGCCCAGGAGAUUGAGGCUCGAAAGGAGAUGUUUGCAAGAAAGGAAAACCUGGACGCAGCCCUGAAGGCUCUGCGAAAAGAGAUGGAAGAAACAUACGGCGGGGAUGAGCGACACUACAGCACGGCGAUGCGCAAGGCCCUGGACCACCCUGGUCUAGGCCGGGCUGAGCUGGAAAGUAUGCUUGAUUUGGCGGCGAUGAUGUUUGAGGAAGCAAGCGACUGGGUUGUCACGGUUAACCUGCCUAAGGCUUGGAAGGCUGAGCGACUGGCCCAACAGCUUGCCAACAGGUUGACUGUCAUGUUCAAGUCGUAUUACAAGACGAAGCCCAAGGAGCCUAUCCCUCAGCCACCACCUCCUGCACCAGUCCCCGCACCAGCCCCGGCGCCGGUGGUUGUUCCUGAGCCCAAGCGACCUAUUCCCCUCCCGAGAACUUCAUCGAUCAAAAUCAAUACCCACAAGAUCUCUACUCCCCAGCGGCCAAUGUCUAAUCCUCCCCCGGAAAGGGAUACGAUUGUAGCGUCGCCGGUGGUUUCUGUUUCUCGCCAACCGAGUGUUUCAUCCUCAUCAGCCUCGAAAUCUUCUCGGCCGCCAGAGCCCUCUUCUGCCUCUUCAGCUAAGCGACCUCGUCCGGAAAAGGAGGAGCACCAUCCUUCACCGGCUCCAAAGAGACCCAAGGUGGAAAAGUCACUAACUUCGGAGUUUGGUGGCGAGCGGAAGAAACGUCGUAUGGUUACUCUGAAGACAAGAAAUCCUAAACGUCUUGCUUUGAUCCUGGGCCACCAUCCCAAACCGAUUGCCAAUGGGAGGACGUCCCUACCUUCAGGGAAUCGCAAGGAAUCCUCGCCCGCUUCGUCCAUCAAAGAUUCUAUUACUGCCAAGCCUGCAAGAAAGCCUCUGCCUUCGGGGGAGCAGCCCGUUAGGAGAGCUUUGCCAGGAGGCCCAGUCUCCUCGUCACACCCCCCUACGCCGGGCCCUAAGAUCUCGCUGAGUGCCCAUUCAGCCUCAACGCCAAAGCCAAAGGUACAAAGCCAGGCGGCUUCCACGCCAACUACGGGGUCUGUGCGACCGAAGAUCAAGAUUAUUCGCAAACCUCAUCCACCACCGCCCGCUCCUUAGAAAGAACCAGGGGAGCCAAGUCGGAGACGUAUGGAGAAAACAAGCAAUGAAAUUUGGGCCGAGUCAACAUACGAGAGCCCGAAUUUCAUAUCACAGAGAGAGGAACAGGAAAUGAUACACAGUGGCGUGUAUCAACCCAACGAUAAUGGUGAGACGAGGACGUCCUUUGAACCUGUCACCCCUCAGUCUCUUCCAUCUCUCCCAAGCGAGACUACAUCUGAGAGUGAAGUGAGUGGAGAAGAAAAUGGUCGGACACAAUUUGGUGUUGAGGUCGCGGCCAACGACCGCGAAAGGACUUUGAUGACCCGUUGAAAGUUGAUUUUGAUGUUUGAAUAGAUGCAAUGGCGUGUAUUGCAUUACAUUUGGCGUUGGGCGCGAAGUGAACCAGACUGCCGGUGGGGUUGGCGUGCGGAAGGGAGUGGUAAUGACUGUACAGUAUUCAGAACACAAUGCUUUAGAUAUCCCCUUUGAAGCCAUGCCAAUAUCUUUUUAUAUAUGU